ACGACGCGGAAACAAAAAGAAAAAAAGAAAUAGAAAAAGGAAAGAAGAGGGGAAAGCAGAGAAGACCUGAAAACUCUUAUUUUGUACACUGUAUUUCGAUUUUAAUGGAAUAUAUUGAGGAUAUGAGACAAAUGUUUUUAGCCACAUAACUUUAGAUUGAAAGUGAAUUAUCCAUCUACAUUUUGAUGAUAAACAUUUUUUGAAUUUUGCCCUUUUAGCGUACACACAUAGCUUGCUAGCUAGCUAGUUUGUUGGCUAGCCCUGGUUAUUUUAUUUUGUUUGAUUGUCGAUCAGAAUGGCAACAACUGCCCUGUACGCCUGCACGAAGUGUAACCAGCGUUAUCCGUUUGAGGAGCUAUCACAAGGACAGCAGCUGUGCAAGGAGUGUCGGAUAGCACACCCUAUGGUGAAGUGUACAUACUGCCGAUCAGAGUUCCAGCAAGAGAGCAAAACAAACACCAUUUGCAAGAAGUGUGCUCUGAAUGUCAAGCAGUUUGGAACGCCCAAGCCGUGCCAGUACUGCAAUAUCAUAGCAGCGUUCAUUGGGACCAAGUGUCAGCGCUGCACCAACUCAGAGAAGAAAUAUGGGCCCCCACAAACCUGUGAGCAGUGCAAGCAGCAGUGUGCCUUCGACCGCAAGGAGGAGGGCAGGAGGAAGGUGGAUGGGAAGCUGCUGUGUUGGCUCUGCACACUGUCAUAUCGUCGUGUCCUGCAGAAGACCAAGGAGCAGAGGAAAGGACUGGGUUCUUCCCACUCCAACUCUUCCUCCCUCAGUGAGAAGGAGCACCACUCCAGACACCACCACCAUCACAACCACCAUCACCAUAACCAACAUCAACACCGGCACAGCAGCUCACAGAACAAACUCAGCAGCAGCCUCAGCCCGGAGCAGGAACCAGGACUGUGGAAGCAGAGCCAUAAGUCAUCUUCGAUCCAGAACGACACCCCAAAGAAGAAACCCAAACUGGAAUCAAAGCCGUCAAAUGGAGACAGUAGCUCCAUCACUCAGUCUAUGGACUCUGGAGGAACAGACAACUUUAUCCUGAUAAGUCAGUUGAAGGAGGAAGUGAUGUCAUUAAAAAGACUUCUUCAGCAGAGGGAUCAAACUAUACUGGAGAAGGACAGGAAGCUGACGGAGCUGAAAGCCGACUUCCAGUACCAGGAGUCCAACAUGAGAGUGAAGAUGAACAACAUGGAGAAAGCGCACAAAGAGGCCGUGGAGCAGCAGCAGGCCAAGAACAGGGAGCUGCUGAAGCAGGUGGCCGCCCUGUCUAAGGGCAAGAAGUUCGAGAAGUCAGGGAGCACCCUGCUGUCACCAUGAACUCACUGGCAUCAUCACCCACGGCUCCCCCCCCCACCCACACACUCCAAAACACCAACCUAGAAUGGAGCAAAGACAGUUCUCCAUUUAACACCGAAUCCCUCUUGAGAUCAUAUUUAUUUUUUUACUGCUUUCCUUCCUUUGGAUUCCUUUUGUUUUGUUUUUGAAUUGGGGACGAAAUUGCAGGAGACAUCAGCUUGAAUCAUGAAUACAUUCAGUCCCCUCAUGUUCACCACAGGCGCAUUCUUUUCACUUAUGCACUUUCAUCUCACACACACAAUCACACACAGGCACACAUACAUUCAUUCUGACACUCGCACAUGUGGUCUCAAAUACAGAUGAUCGCAUAGGCACCUGCUCAUAUCUGCAGACGGAAUCUGCAUUACAUCAUGCCCAGUCGCACCAUGACUGUAAAACCACAGUCUCAGAAUGGAGCCUUCUGUAGUGUGACUGGUGUGUGAAAAUCAUAUUUUGUUUGUCACUCUUUAAGAGGAGCGUGUGGUGAAUUUUUGCUCCGUUCCCAGACUGCAGAAAUGUUUGGUGCACUGUGAGGAAACUGCUUGUAGGAGCAGUUGGGGACACUGAACAAUGAAAGUAAGGGGGGGAGGGGGGUGAAUCUGUCAACACCCCAGGUUCCAGGACAUUUUAUUUUUAUUGCUUACUAUGCCGUUUUCGCAUUUUAACAGACCUGCACAUAUCCUGCAUGUUGAUGCACAUUUUUGUUUUAUUUUUUUUUCCAUUGUGUUUUCCACUGAACGUAUUUUUUUAGUAGCUAUUGUAUACAAUUCAUUUUCUGAUGGAUAUAACUGCGUGAGCGACUGGGGGGGGCUGCGUUCAUGGCAUCCCGUAUGCAAGUGCGGAGCCGGAAUGGGGCGGCUCGAUCCGCGGAGUUUCCCACGGACCCGUCGCAUCGCCGUUCUGUUGUAGAAAGAACCGCUAUAUGCUUCACGACCCUUCGCCGGAAGACUGACUUUGCGGUCUCAUGUACUGUAACCUAAUUUUUAGAUGAAUUUCAAGAAUCAAGUGUGAAGGUUUCGACGGUUAAGGCCUUUGUGUAUUUAAAACUUGUUACUUGUAUCGGUUCCUAGUAAAUAUGUGUAAGGCGAAUUAUUAUAACAAACAAUAUACUUUUAAAAACAUCUACUUGACUUUUUACCGGUAUGUGGAGAGUAUGGGGCUGUACCUAAAGCUGGCUCGCACAUCCACUUUUAUACUUUUUUUUUUUGUUUGUUUUUUUUUUUCUCAAAACUGUUUCAGAAAUAUUAAAUCUGGUGAAAUGCCCUCUCCA